AUGCCCUCCCGCGCCGACAUCACCUACUUCGGCGCCGGCCCCGCCCUGCUGCCCACCGACGUCCUCGAGACGGCUUCGCAAGCCCUCCUCGACUUCAACGGCACCGGUCUGGGCAUCGCAGAGCAUUCCCACCGCAGCGAGAUCGCCACCAAGAUCAUCGAGGAGGCCAAGGCCGACCUGGCCACCUACCUCGACAUCCCCUCAGACUACGAAGUCCUUUUCAUGCAGGCCGGCGGCAGCGGCGAGUUCUCCGCUACCGUCUACAACUUUGUCGGCGCCUGGAUCGCCCGCCAGCGCGACGCCGUGCUAGCCAAGCUCGGCGCCACCGAUGAGAACGACGAAAAGGUCGUCGCCGAGCUUCGCAAGAUUGUCGACGAGAAGCUCAAGCUCGACUACCUCGUCACCGGAGGCUGGAGUCAAAAGGCCAGCGCCGAGGCCGCGAGGCUGCUCGGCCCGGAAUUCGUCAACGUCGCCGCCGACGCCCGUAAGAUCAACGACGGCAAGUUUGGCAAGAUCCCCGACCAGAAGGACUGGAAGCUCAGCAAGGACGCUGCCAUGGUCUACUACUGCGACAACGAGACGGUCGACGGCGUCGAGUUCAACGGCUUCCCUGGUGCGCUGGCGCCCAAGGAGAACGGCGAGGGCCCCAUUGUCGUGGCGGACAUGUCGUCCAACAUCCUCUCAAGGCGCAUCCCCGUCAAGAACUUCAGCGCCAUCUUCUUCGGCGCCCAGAAGAACCUCGGCUCGACCGGUAUCACUGUCGUUGUCAUCAAGAAGAGCCUUCUUGCCGCACAGCCCUCACCUGCGCUGAUGCGCAAGCUCGGUCUCCCUAUUGCCCCCAUCGUUCUCUCAUAUGAGACCAUUGCCAAGAACAACAGCUUGUAUAACACAUUGAGCAUCUUUGACGUCUACAUCGCCGGCCAAGUUCUCAAGAAACUUCUCCGCACCUUCGAAAACAAGGUUGACGGCCAGGAGGCCAUCGCUGAUGAGAAGGCCUCUCUUAUCUACUCCGCCCUCGAGGCCCACUCCCACAUCUACCGCAUCGUCCCCGACAAGAGCGUCCGCUCGCGCAUGAACAUCUGCUUCCGUGUCACCAAGAACGGUGACACUGACGCCACGGAGAAGGCCUUCCUCAAGGAGUCCACCGCUCAGGGCCUCACCGGCCUUAAGGGCCACCGCAGCGUCGGCGGUAUCCGUGCCAGCAACUACAACUCUAUUUCUCUUGAGGGUGCUCAGAAGCUGGCCAAGUUCAUCGAGUCUUUCGCCAAGGCUUAG